AUGACCGAAGAGGAAGUGGAAGACGCUCCACAAGGUCUAAAGGACGGUGGUCAAUCAACGGUGGACGAGCUCAAAGAGGUGAAUCUAGGAAUAACAGAGGAGUCAUGUUCGACUUUCAUCAGUACAUCCCUCUCGGAAAAGGAAGAAGGUGAAUACGCGAUUAAAGGGCAAGCAUUGGCUGACUUCUUGGCAGAUCACCUGGUUCCAUUAGAUUGGAAGUUAAGUGAAGACUUGCCUGACGAUGAAGUUCUCUUCACAAAACUCACGGGGCCUUGGGUCAUGUUCUUCGAUGGGGCGGCCCGAAGAACUGGUGCGGGGGUAGGCAUCAUCCUCAUUUCACUGGAAAUGCACAUGCUGCCUGAUAGCUUCGCACUGGUUGAAUUAUGCUUGAACAACGUCGCCGAAUACCAAGCCUUGAUAAUCGGCCUCCAAAUGGCUUUAGAGAUUGAGGUAUCUUACAUAGAGAUUUUUGGUGACUCGAAGUCGAUAAUCAAUCAGCUCUUACGCCAGUACGAUGUGAAGCAUGAUGACUCGAAGCCUUACUUCAUUUAUGCUCGACAGUUGAUGGGAAAAGCGUGA